AUGUCGGCAUGGCAGAUCCAUGGUUACGGUGAGAACGAGAAGUUAACCCUGUCAACCUCCAGUCGUAUACCAGCUAUUAAACAUCCUAAAGAUAUCCUAGUUGAAGUUCACGCUGCAAGUGUUAAUCCAAUUGAUAUCAGAAUGAGAGGUGGUUAUGGACAUAGUUUGUUUAAUAUUUGGAGAAAUCAGGGAGGAAUGUUUAGUACCAGGUCGGAGUUUCCGUUAGUUCUAGGCAGAGAUUUCUCUGGUGUUGUCAUAGAAACAGGAAAAGAUGUGAAGACAUAUAAAGCAGGAGAUGAGGUUUGGGGAGUUGUUAAUGCUCAGAAACAAGGCUCACAUGCUGAAUAUACUGUUGUUUCUAGCUCUGAGGUUGCCCUGAAACCUAAAAAUUUAACUCACGUAGAAGCUGCGUCUAUACCGUAUGUUGGUUUAACGAACUGGGCUGCUUUAUAUUCAGUAGGGGAGCUAACUCCAUCUAAUACUAGAGGACAGAGAAUUUUGGUUAUAGCUGGAUCAGGAGGUAUUGGAACUUUUGCAAUUCAGUUAAUAAAAGCGUGGGGAGGUGAUGUAACAACAACGUGUAGUUCUGAAUCUGUAGAAAUAGUUCGAGAUUUGGGAGCUGAUGUAGUUAUCGAUUAUAAAACACAAGAUGUUCAAUAUGAACUACGACAGCAAGAUAGGUUUGAUUUAAUUCUGGAUCCUCUAGUUAGUAAGAAGAGAGUAGAGUAUAUAAAUUAUUUAAAACAAUGGCGUAACAGUAAACUAGUGACUAUAGCUCCACCGUUUCUAAGGAAUAUAGAUACCUACGGUGUUGUACCAGGGGUUGUGAAAUCAGUCGGUGAUUUAAGUUGUGAUGUCAUAAAGGGAGCUAAAGAUGGAUGCAGUGUAAGAUGGGCUUUUUUCACUCCAUCACAAAAAGGGCUGAGAGAAAUUUCUAAACUUGUAGAAAUGGAAAAGAUUCGUCCAGUGGUAGAAAAAGUUUACGAUUUUGAAGAUUUGCUGUCUGCGUAUGAGAAAUUAGAGGCAGGACAUUCUCGUGGUAAAACAGUCAUACAGAUCAAGUGA